AUGUCUUAAAAAUCGUUUAUUUCAUACAAGAAUAACUCGAGCUAUAGAAACUAAAUUUAAAUUAAUGAAGAAGAUCAUAAAUAAUUUUUGAAGUUUCCAUUUAAAUAAAACGAUUCUGUAGUAGAAUCAGGAGCUUCUUUAUACACAAGUAAAAGAGAUUUAUCUGGGAAAUGCGAUACCACUACUCUAGAAUGUGCUUAAAAUAAAACAAUUUUAGAAGCCUUAAACGAAGCUGAAAAAGAAAUGGAAAACGAAAACAAAUUAUUUAAAAAGAAAGAAAAUAGCUUUUAGUUACGUUAAAUGUAAAGAACCAAACAAACUAUUAUUCAAUCAAAUAAAAUGUAAUAAUAAUAAUAACAAUAACAAUAAGAAUAGAACCUUUCAAACACUUUAAUUAAUAUCGAAGAGGUAGAAUCUAAAGUAGUGCCAAUCAGACUGAUGAAGGUUCUUAAGCUUUUAGUGAAUAUAUAGCAUUUUUUUAGGAUUCUUUCAAUGAAUGCGAGAAUUUUUAACAGACUUACAUAGAACUAGCACUAUCUUAUUGGGGAUGUUGCAAGCAUUUACUCUAAGAAUUCAAACCUAACGAGUGGAAAUAAUAUUUUUUAUCUUGCAUGCAACUUUUUAUAUUACAUGAUAAGGCUCGCUUAGAAUUUAAAUAUUCAAGUUUUCAACCCUUCAAAUGUUCUUAUUAAAGUUUGGGAUAGCGUAUAAUCUGUGAUAAUUUUAUUCACCACCUUUCUUUUAAACUUAGAGCUUUUUUUCUAAAUGGAUAUAACAAAUUUUUAACCUCUCUUUUAAAUUUUAUUGAUCGCCUCUAUUAUUGAUAUUUUUGUGGAAUUGAAUACUGGAGUUCUUUAAAAAGGAGAUAUUAUUUAUAAUAGAAAUUUCAUAUUUUAGUCUUACAUGAAAAAUACAUUCUUUUUAAAUAUAACUUUCUACGUAAGCUAUGAAAAAGACCAUAAAAAUCUUUUCGAUCUAUUAAAGCUUCUAGUUUUUGUAAUUGGAAUUUGCCAUAUUUUUUGUCUAUUUUGGCAUGGUUUAUGCAUAUUUGAAAUUAAUAAUGGAUACUCAAAUAAUUGGAUUACAAGUAAAAAUCUUAUUGAUGCUACUAUAUAUGAAAGGUAUAUUUACUCAUUCUACUUCUUGGCUGUUACUAUGGCUACUGUAGGAUAUGGAGAUAUUACUCCUUAAAACAGCGUCGAAGUAUUAUUUACAACAAUCACCAUUUUUGUUACUUGUGUUGUGUAUGCUUUUAGUUUAAACACAAUUGGUGGCAUAAUAGAAAACAUAGAAAAAAAGGAUAAAAAAUAUAAAGAAAAUUUAUAAAUAAUUCAUGGGUUAAUGAGGGAAGAGGAAGUCUCAAGAGAACUUAAGAUAGAAGUUUCAAAUUACAUAGAAUAUCUUUAUAAGGAAUCAAAUGAAAUAAGAAAGAAACAGGAAAAAUUAAUAAUUGAAAAACUCUCGACAAAGUUAAGAAAUGAUCUUGUUUUAGAAAUAUAGGGAAAAUACCUCAACAAUAUUCCUUUAUUCAAGCAUAUAAAGGAGAAAGAUAAAAUAGCAAAGAUAAUGGAAGAGCAGCUUUACUCACCAGGUGAGAUGAUAUUUCACUAAGGAGAUUAAGAUGAUAACUCGCUUUAUUACAUAGUAAAAGGGAGUGUUUCGAUAAUAUUUAAUCCAACAAGCAAUCAAAAUAGAGAAGCAAAAUAAAUUCACCUUAUAAAAAAGAAAGAAUAUUUUGGAGAGAUUUCGUUUAUUAAUGGAAAUCCAAGAACUUUUUCAGCAAAAGCUGCAGAUUUUUGUAGAAUAUAUAAAAUCAACCGAUAAUAAUUUAUCUAAGUCAUUUAAGAAAACGACUAAGAUUUUGAGAAUUUCCAAAUGAUUAAGGAAGCAUUUUAACUAAAUAAAAAUUAUAAAUUUUGUUCUAUAUUUUGUUCCAUUUGCAAAUCUGGUAAUCAUUUCUCAAUGGAAUGCCCUCGCACUCACUUGACAUUAACAAGGUAAAUUAUAAUCUCAAGGUAUAACAGCUAUUCUCCAUAAGAAAGAUCAAAAUUUAAAAGAAGAAAAUUUAAAUUAAAUUACUUAUCAAAAAUCGAAGGACUUCUAACGGCACUUAUUGAAAUAAACAAUUGCGAGUCUUUGUUUGAAAUACUUGAUUAAAUAGAAAAUGGAUGCAAUAAUUUUGAUGACAUUCAAGAUGAGAUGGUCCCUUAUAAAGAAAACCAAAAGGAAGAAUAUCUUAGGAAAAUCACAUUAAAUUAAAAUAAUUUAUCUGUUGAUAAUAAUGCGAAUAGCCAAGUAGAAUUUUAGAAAAAACAUUUGGAAUAUGAAGAAUCUCAAGAUAAAGUCUGCAAUUAACUUUCUAAUCAAAAUAAAAAUAAUUAAAGUUUUGUUAAAUAAUUGAGUAAAGGAAAUAAAUUUGCUGAUAAAGUGACUUAAUACUAGUAAUAAUAAAUGAAAAAAUCAUUUUUAUACUAAGCUAGCUAAUACCAAGUGAUACCUGAAAACAUGAAUGGGGAGAAUUCAUAAGAAAAAAAAGUGUCUUUCUAAAAUUUUUAAGAGUAAAUUCCAUCCUCUACUUCAUCUUCUGAUGAAGAAGGUACUAUCUUUUCCAGUAUAAAAAAAAAAAAUAGUAAAGAAAAUAUAGAUUUAAUAAGUCAAAAGAAACCCCUAGAAGAAGAUUAACAGAUUUUAACAAUUGACAAAUUUAAUAAUGAAAAUCUUUCUUAAAAAAAGAAUUCUGUUAUUAGUCAAAAAAGAGAUUCAAAUAAUUUUAAUUUAAUUUAAUCAAAGUCUUUUAAUCAAUAAAUUUCUACUUAAAUGAAUGAAGUUUCUAAUUAAUCCAUUAUUAGUGACUUGAAAAAUAUUAAUAUAAAUUUAAAUGAUAGGCAGAAAAUAAAUAAUAACAAACAGUUAAAUUAUAUAAUUAAAUCUCGAAGAACUCUUAGAGGAACACAAGAUAAUAACUUUUUAGAAAAUAUAUUGAACUAAAUUUCGAAUAUACCUACUAUUUAAGUAGAAGAAUAAAAGGAGAAGAAUUAGACAAUUAAUAUUGAUUUUUAAAGAAAGCUUUCGAAAUUAUCUCAAAGCGCUAAUAAUAAGAGAUUAAGCUUAUUAAGUUAAUCGUAGUUAGUCUUAAACAAUAAUCAACAUUCUUUUUCUUAAUUAGAAUAGAUUAAUGAAGCAAACUUAUAAAGAAUUGGAAAAAGACCAAAUGAUAUAAUAGAAUCUUCUGAUUAAGUGAAUUAUCAAAUGCUUUAAAUUUUUGACAAAGCUAAAGUAUUUAAAUAUUACUUACCUCAUUUUAAUUACCCUGAGAUUGUUUAAAAAUGGAUCAUUUUUUAAACAAAGAGAUUGAAAAUGACAUCAAACUUCGUUGGAAUAGCUUAAAAAAAGAAAAGAUUUAUGGGCAAAAGAAAAUAGAGCAAAAGUUAAAAUUAUAUUUAAACAAGAUAAACUGAGGUAUGA